GUGUCGGCGCUCUGCCGUCCGCCUGGGCGCCCCCCCAAUCGCUGUGUCGGCGCUCCGCUGUCCGCCUGGGCGCUGGCGGCGCGGCGGGGCCCGGCGGGGCCGCAUGAGGAGUCCGGAGGUGCCGCCGCCCGCGUUUCUCCCCGGCGGCUGCGGAGGAGGAUGCGCGCCCGGCGCCGCCGCUGAGGGAAAAAGGCCCCGCCAUGGCUGCAGGCUGCCCGGCGCCCUUCGGGGACCCGGGGGAGAUGCGGGAGGGCUUCCUGUGCCCGCUGUGCCUCAAGGACCUGCAGUCUUUCUACCAGCUGCAGGCGCACUACGAGGGGGAGCACUCGGGCGAGGACAGGGACGUCCGGGGGCAGCUCAAAAAUCUAGUCCAGAAGGCCAAAAGAGCAAAGAAGAAAUUGCUGAAAAGAGAAGGAGAUGACAGAACCGAUUCUGGAUCUCAGGAACGAUAUGAGUCGUUCAGCUAUGGUGGAGUAGAUCCGUACAUGUGGGAGCCCCAGGAAGUAGGUGCUAUGAGAAGCCAUCUUUCUGAUUUCAAGAAACAUCGAGCAGCCAGGAUUGAUCACUAUGUAGUUGAAGUCAAUAAAUUAAUAAUCAGGUUAGAAAAGCUUACAUCGUUUGACAGAGCAAACACUGAUUCGGCUAAAAUAAGAGCUAUAGAGAAGUCUGUCGUGCCUUGGGUCAGUGAUCAGGAUGUUCCCUUCUGCCCAGACUGUGGCAAUAAGUUCAGCAUUCGAAACCGACGUCACCACUGCCGCCUUUGUGGGUCCAUUAUGUGCAAGAAGUGCAUGGAACUUGUCAGUCUUCCUUUGGCAAGCAAACUCACCAGUGCCAGCAAAGAAGCCUUGGGUUCUCAUACCAGCCCGAACUCCUCACCUAAUAGCGUCCAUGGCUCCCGCCGUGGCAGCAUUAGCAGCAUAAGCAGUGUGAGCUCAGUUCUGGAUGAGAAGGAUGAUGAACGGAUCCGUUGUUGUUGGCACUGCAAAGAUACCCUGCUGAAAAGAGAACAGCAGAUUGAUGAGAAAGAAUACACACCAGAGAUUGUGAAACUCUACGAGAAACUCCGGCUCUGCAUGGAAAAAGUUGACCAGAAGGCGCCAGAAUACAUAAGGAUGGCAGAAUCACUAAAUGCUGGGGAGACGACCUACAACCUUGAACACGCAAAUGACUUGAGGGUGGAGAUUCAAAAAAUAUACGAAUUUAUAGAUGCCUUAAGUAAGAAGAUUCUGAGUCUAGGCUUGCAUGAAGAUCCCCAACCUCAUCCUAAAACACUACAACUUCAGAGAAUGAUAAGAUAUUCAGCUACACUUUUUGUUCAGGAAAAACUGCUUGGCCUGAUGUCCCUGCCCACCAAAGAUCAGUAUGAAGAGCUGAAGAAGAGAAGACUGCAUAUGGUGGCCCUUGAAACGCAAGGCAAACAAGAGGAAAAACAGAAAGACCUUAUCUCCAGAUCGGCAGCUGCAGUUAAUGGUGAUGCAACUCACCUGAAAAAAGGAACAGUCAGGAAAUCUGAAGGCUGGUUACCUACAUCGAGCAUAUCAAGAGAGAGCGAGAUAGCAGACCCGCUGCUUCAGCAGAUUGACAACAUCACAUCCUUUAUUAAGCAAGCAAAGGCAGCCAAUAGGAUUGACGAGGUCCAUAUGUUGCAAGAGAACCUUAGGCAGCUUCAGGAUGAAUAUGAUCAACAACAAACUCUGAAAGCCAUUGAGCUUUCUAAGAAACAAGCAGAAGAGGAAGAGAUGCAGAGGGAGGAACUUCAGGUCCUUCGUGAAAAAGAGUGGGCAAGAGAACACCAUCGAUUCAUGUCUCAGCAUUCAAGGACGCGUUCCUUAGACUUCAGAGAACUCAAGCAGCAUCAGCAUGAAGUUGCGAAAGAGAAUCAGAACUUGACAGCACAUACAUCGGAUUUGGAUAUUACUCAGAUCAAAGGGGACUCAAGUUUUGAAACUGCUGUUGAGCAGCUGCCAGCUAAAGAGCAUUUGAUUUUCACACCCAAACCCCACGAUGUCCCACAGUGUGACAAAGACCGAGAUCGGACGGCCGGUCUAAACCCGUUUGAAGAUGAAGCAGAUACCCCUCAGUUAGAGGAAGAUCCUACAAACCCAUUUGCCAAAGACACUUCUCCAAUAAUUCCUAACACAGUUUUGCAAAGUGAUAAAAAGGAAUAUAAUCCAUUUGAAGAUGAGGAGGAAGAAGAACAAACUAGCGGAGCACCUGGCAGUACUACAAACCCUUUUGAGGAGGAUGAAAAUCCAUUUCAAAAACCUGGGGGCAGUUGGAAUUCUGAGAAUCCAUUUGAAGAGAGACCCUCUACCAACCCCUUUGAAGUGGAGGAUAGCAGUGAGAUCUCUGGAGAGGAGGCUAUAGAGGAAGAGCUGCUUCUUCAACAGAUAGAUAACAUCAAAGCUUAUAUAUUUGAUGCCAAACAUAGUGGACGAAUGGAUGAGGUGGAGGUGCUGACAGAGAACUUAAGGGAAUUGAAGCGCACAUUAGCAAAGCAGAAGGAGAAAUCCAACUGCUGAAGCAGCAAAAGGGCUGUGUAAUAAUUACUUUAAGUCUGCUGUUACAUAUGGGAAGGUAGGGCAGAUACUUCUAACAGAUCACAUAGAGGGAAUUGGGAGAAUCUUGACUUACGCACUUUCAGUUGGGUGUUUCCACUACUACUUGGUGUCGAGGGAAGAGCUCCUGAGGUAUGCUGCUGGUCUCAACUGCUUAUACUGAGAAAUUUUAAAAUCGCUUCUUACAACACUCUUAAUGCAACUGGUCUUUAUCGUGUACUUAUUUUGGUCAAAGUGUCUAAAUGCUAAUAGGAAACUGAUUUGGAAAGGGUUGUGAUGUUGGCUUGCCAUCUCUCCCCCUUUCUGUGGUAGCAUUGGCCUUUCAAGUCGGGCUUUGACUAAAGAGUGACUAAGACCUUUCUAACACUUCUACACUCUGUCUCUGUCAGAGGAUGCAGUGUUCCAGGCUGGGUUAAUUGCCUAAUGGUGUUAAGAGAAACUGCUGUUAAAAGGCUGCUGUGAUUCUUUGAAGUGCAGAAUAUACAGGCUUGCAGAUCAAUUUUGUGCAAUGAUAAUACAUAAAAGGGAUUUUUAAGACUGAGAAGAGCUUUAUAACUGAUCUUAAUGAGUAACUUUUUAAUGUGUUUAUAAAAACUCCAAGUAAAAUUUGGAUGCUGUUUUCUCAUUGCUUUUAGUUUCCUGUUUGCUCUGAGCACAAACUACAGUGUAAUGGAGCGUGUCCUGCUGGCUUCAGAGACCUGCUUGUGUGGGAACAAGCACCUACUCUUUUUCCAGGGAAAAGAGCAUCAGGCUACCACUGUUUCAAACUAUAAGGGGUGGCCCUCCAAUUCCCAAUUACUUUAUGGAAUCUACACAUUCCUUUAAAUUCUCUGGGUGACAGAAUGAUCGUAUUUGUCAUAGUUGUGAGACUGGAACCCUUUUUGUACCACUCAAGGAACAAAAGUCUUGUUUACAAUGGAGAGCUGAAGUACCACUGAACUGGAAUUCUGUGAAUGCUGGGAGACAAAUUUGGCUGCGAUGGUGCCUAAUGGUGAUUCUGUUUCAUAUUUGAUUCCUCUCAGAAGUUACGAGUCAGGCAUGUUUGUCUUAAAUAAGCUACCAGCUGGAGUCCUUGAGAUUCUGUGGUCCAGGGCAUGACCAGGUGAUGGCCAGCACCUGUGAUACCUGAGGGCUUAGAGCUGUGCCUUAAAAGAUUGGCAUCAGAAAUGUAGGAUCAUUUCAGGGCUAGGUCAGCCUUUUGUCUUCAAAAGGCAGGGGCACAGUAUGAGGCAUCAGUGUUUGAAAGGGUAGUGGGGAGGAGGUAGUCCAAAGGGUGUAUGUAUUUAAAGCUGAAGUACAGGAAAAUUGGGCAGGAAACACUUUGUAGCACUAAUAGGAGUAGGCUUACUCAGAAGUGUAGACUUUAUGUAAUGAGAUGUGUCUUUUAACCGUGUCUCUGACAACAGUGCAAUGCUUGGGUUACAGCUGUGCUAAUACUUUAGAGACACAAGUAAUUGCAUAGGAACUCUAGUUUUAAUUUGCUGUAAAUAAGUGGAAGUAGGGACCUGUGGAAGUGUUGUUAAAAAAAACCCAAACCACCUAUAUCCUCACAUAAACGCACUAGUGAGUGACCAAAAUCAGUUAGGGCAGCCACUUACAGACUGCUGACGGUCUUAGCGGAGCCUAAAUCCGAAGUUGAAAAGUGUGCAGAACAGGUUUGCAGAAGACCAUGAAGUCUUUAUACUGAGAUAUUUAUUACUAGAGUUGAGUCCCCAAGUGUUUUUUUGCACCACCAAGUGAAAUGAAGACCAGAGGAUUCUGAAAAUCUGUAAAGUAAUAAAAUGUACACUGUGGCACCAGGUUUAGGAAGGCAGCAAAAAGUGAAAGUUGGAAUAAUCCCUGGAAUUGUUUUAACAGAAAUAGCAUAAGGUAGUUAUUUAAGACAGAUGUUUCCUAGUCAAGAGGACUGCUCCCUGCACUGUAACCCAAAGCUCUUUUGGUAUCAACAUGAGAAAAAUGUUUUGGUGGCUUCGGCUUUCACAUUUAAAAAGUGUUUUUUUCCCUUGUUGAAAACUAUCCUGCCUUGUUUGUAUUUUCAGUCCAAUACACUAAUAACUAAAAUAUCCUUGUACAUGUAAUGUAUUUUUACAAGCAGGUAACAGACUAGCAUACCUCAUGAUCGUUGUCAGUGUUAAAUGUGGUAGACUAGACACCUGAUAGUCAUCUCUGAAGUGAAGAGCUUAUGUGGGGAUUUGGACUGCUGUGAGGCUCGCACGGCACAACAGGAUGAAGACAUCUUAACCAUAAAGCUCAAUAACUAACUAGCAGUGACUUUUGUUAAAAUUGCAUGCACUACUCUGUAUGGAAACUUUGUAAACAGAGAUGAAAUAAAACAACACGUUUAUUUUG